AUGAGAGCUGUGUGCGUCUGGUUACCUGCGGUGCUGUGGAUGGGCAGCCCUGACAGACCAGCCGCAGCAGCGGGACACACGCUCAACGACUCCUCACCUGUGAAAGAGGGGAUAUUUUCUGACGCGGAGCAUUUGUUGAACGUUUCGGGGAGGUCGGAUAACCGGACGUCUGGCUUUUUCCUCCUGGACUUCGACGAGGGGAUGCUGGAGGACUGGCGCUCGCUGGCCAGCAAGAAGCGGCGCGGCGGGGAGUCGCAGGACGGGAGCGUGAAGGCGCUGCUGGUGGCCGCUUACUCUCUCAUCAUCGUCAUCUCCCUGUUCGGGAACACUCUGGUGUGCCAUGUGGUGGUGAAAAACAAGCGCACCCAGUCCGCCACCAGCUUGUUCAUUAUGAACCUCGCGGUGGCCGAUAUCUUCAUCACUGUGCUCAACACGCCCUUCACCCUGGUCCGGUUCGUGAACAGCACCUGGGUGUUCGGGAGGAUAAUGUGCCACAUCAGUCGCUUUGUGCAGUACUGCUCCCUGCACGUCUCCACCCUCACUCUCACCGCCAUCGCGCUGGACCGCCGACAGGUGAUUUUACAUCCUUUGAGACCUCGCAUGUCCCCCACACAAGGUGGUGUUUGGGUCGCUGUUAUCUGGAUAAUGGCCAGCUGCUUCUCCCUCCCUCAUGCAAUCUACCAAAAACUCCUGACUUUUACAUACAGUAAGGAAAAGGAGCGUAGACUGUGUGUCCCAGACUUCCCAGAGCCAUCAGAUGUCUACUGGCAGUAUAUUGACCUCCUGACCUUCAUAUUACUUUACAUGCUGCCGCUCCUCAUCAUCACUGCCUCCUACACCACAGUGGCCUGCAGGCUGUGGCGCCACAACGCCAUCGGUGACACCACAACAGCUCAGCACGCCGCCCACAGAAGAAAGCGCCGGCGAACGUUGGCCAUGUUGCUCCUGGUGGUCGGGGUGUUUGCUGUCUGCUGGUUCCCACUCAACUGCUACGUGGUGCUGCUGUCCAGCCAGGCCAUCCACUCCUCCAACGCCCUUUACUUCUGCUUUCACUGGCUGGCUAUGAGCUCCACCUGCUACAACCCCUUCAUCUACUGCUGUCUGAAUCCCACCUUCCGCCAGGAGCUGAGGCUCCUCUUCGACAUAUGCAGGAGGAAACGGAGGGCGGCGGUCGGCCUGGAGCCAGAGCUCCUCCCCGCGGCUGCCUGCGCUCCUCGUCACAGGGUCGCCUGGCCCGAUAAACAUGAGUCCUCGCGGCCGAAGCAUGCUUUGUCCCACCCGGGCCACGCCUUUUCACAGCAGAGCCAGGCCUCUUGCAGCCACAACGUAAAAGACACGCGUGUGCUCUUCACCGCCAGGCAGGCCCUCACAGGAAGAACUGACAUCCUCUCAGUGGAGCCCAUCGUGGCUGUGAGCUGA